AUGGCUUUAUCAGCGCGCCACAUGGCAAACGGUCAGCAACUAGAUUGUGAAAGGCAAGAUGGAGACCACGCGACGCGCUUUCAGGCGCAUCCUGAUGGUUUGAUGUACAAACAAAAGGCCAUACGCGGGUUAAUCCAGGCGCUCAACGAUCCAGUACCGAAGUCGCGAGACGUUCUGGUUCUGAGUGCGUUCAUAUUGAUCUUCCUCGAUCUCUUGGAAUCGGGGCGCGACCAGUGGAAAUCCCAUCUUGGUGGCAUCAAGCAACUUGUUCAUGACAUGCAUACUGCGGGAACUUCGCAGAAUUUAGAAUCAACCAUUGAAGGCAUGCGGGAAUUUAUUCUGGGGCAAAUCUACCUUAUUGAAACGCUUGGUACUACAUUUUCCGGUCGCAAAGUAUUGUCCGGGGCGGAUAUGUCCCUCGCUGCACCGCUACAAAUGAGUAUUGACAGGGCCUACAUCGGUUGCCCUGAGUACCUGCUAUCUGCUGUUCGAUUCUUCUCGGCAGCCAGGGACCGCUUAUCUGGUCCAAGACACCUUAAUACGCCUGAAACCUACUCUUUGCUCCAGUCAGUAACAAGUCUGCUUGAUUCUGCCAACUCCUUUGAUUGCUACGAUUGGGCGAACCAGACUCUACGAGGAUCAUCCCUCACUUCAACAACCCAGGGUGUACAGCCGCUGGAACAUUUAGCCCAGGCUUAUAAAUUUGCGACGCUAAUUUACGGAUGGCGCAUAUGUGAUGCGCUAACUGGAAACAACACUCCAUUGAGUGACUUGGUAACAGGCCUGGUCCACGAGGUACACAUAUUGAGGAGGGAUGAAGCGCUAUUUAAGUGCAUACUAUGGCCCCUUUUCAUUGCAGGGUUGGAGUCUGAAGACCAAGCCCAAAGGAGUCAAAUCAGAGAAUUUCUAGACAGCUUUUGGUUCGAAACUAAAUGCAUCAAUGUGAUAAAUGCGGUAACAAUCCUAGAGAGGUUUUGGGUUGACCCAUCAGAGGUGGAAGACGCCUCAUGCAGCUGGAUUUUUCGAAUGGGCCAGGUAGAAGGUGAUUGGUUACUAAUCUAA